AUGGAGGAACUCGUCGCAAUGCAGCAGAUUGCGUUGCAGACAGUGGCGAAAGCCCUGUCUAAUUUCAAGAAGAUCGGGAAGCCGAAUUACACGCCGGCAAAAAUACGAUCUCGCAUCACCGCCUUGAAGGAAGCCUGGACGCAGUGCACGAAUAGACAUGCCGCUCUACUGCAAGUAGUUCCUGCCGACGAACGAUCGAAGUCCACGUAUUUCACGCAGGACGAUUACGGGAAGCACGAAGAGCUCUACCUCAUGGCGCUGGACUACAUGAACGAGUGUCUGGAGGAGCUGGAGCCUCCCGUGUCCACCUCACCAUUGGCAAGCUCGUCGCAUCAUUUCUGCGCGCCCGCACCGGUAUCGUUGCAACAUUUACCGCCUAUUAAUAUUCCUCCAUUUUCCGGGAAAGCAGAGGACUGGGAAAGUUUUCGAGAUAGAUUCACAUCCCUUAUUAUUCUCAAUAAGGACCUAACCGCAUUCUCUCGGAUGCAUUUUCUAGCAUCCAGCUUGUCAGGUCGUGCUCUCGAUACUAUCAAAACUAUCCCAGUCACUGCAGAUAAUUUCGAUAUUGCGUGGAAAACUUUAACUUCGCGUUACGAUAAUAAGCGCCGUCUAAUCGAAAUUCACGCGUCCGCUUUAUGUAAUUUGCCGAGCGUCAAUCGCGAAUCGGCAUGCGAGUUAUCCGAGUUGCGGGAUAAAGCUAAUCGUGCCAUAGCAUCGCUAAAGAGAUUAAAUCGCUCCUCGGAUGAAAUUUUAAGUGACAUUCUAAGUCACCACGUCACGCAGAAGCUCGAUCCAGCAACCCGGAAGGCGUGGAGAUUGAAAGGUGAUGAUGCGAUAAUUCCUACGUACGAGGAUCUCGAUCGUUUUCUCGCGCAUCGCGUUCGCGCCUUGGAGGAGCUCACUCCUCUCGGCUCAGCCAAGUCCUCGCGAUCGGUAAAAUCGUCGAGCGCCAUGGUAGCGACGGCUUCGAUCUCGCCGUGUCCGCUCUGUAAAUCGGCCCACUUCUUGAAUAAGUGCCCUCAAUUCGUGCAGAAGAGUCCGAGCCAGAGAUUGGAGAUCGCGAAACAGUAUCAACGAUGCGUUAAUUGCUUCAGUGCUAAGCACGCCGUCUCAGCGUGUCCAAGCUGUUUUUCAUGUCGUCACUGUCAAAAACGACAUCAUUCCAUGCUCCUUGACUCGGCCUCUUCCGCUACUGCGACAGUUAGUGCAUCCGAUUCCGAGACCCCGGCGUCGAACAAUUCCGAUAAGUCUCCGAAAACAGUGGCAUUAUGCGCGAUGUCGGCAAAUCUCGCCCGACCGCCGGUAGUCCUCGCCACUGCACGCGUGUUCGUCGGACCUCUCGCCGGUCGUCAAGUCGCUGCACGAGCAUUGAUUGACACCGGAGCGGAACUCACACUCGUUGCGGCUCAUUUAGCAAAAAAAUUAAAACUGCGUCGGUUCAUACUGCCUACCGCCUUGUCCGCCGUCGGCGGCCUUGACGCGGGCAUUCAUCGUUACGCCGCGCACAUUCAAAUCUCACCGAUCGACGGGAUCGAGCCGCCGGUCGUUACAACAGCGACGAUUUUAAGUUCGCUUGCUAGUUACUCGUCAGCGUCUAUUCAAUCUCCUCUUCAAUGGGAUCAUCUCGCGGAUCUCACUCUCGCAGAUCCAAAUUCUUCAAAGGAUCUCGCGGUCAGCCUAUUGCUCAAGAAACGAUCUUCGGCUGGAUUGUUCAAGGCCGCACACCUCUGUCGAAUUCGUCUCGUCGGACCAUUACAGUGCAACAUUGUUACGAUCGCGGAAUUCGUUUCACUUGAUAGCGAAUUGAGAAGAUUUUGGGAAAUCGAGGAAAUUCCGAGGCACACGAUACUCAGCCCGGAAGAGCAGAGAUGCGAGAAUCAUUUUUUAACUUCUCAUUCGCGCACUCCCGCCAGUCAGUACAUCGUUCGUCUGCCGUUCAAGAGUGGUCCUCCCAUCGAUAUUGGUACCUCGCGCGAUGUAGCGGAGCGAUGCCUCAAGACUUUGCUACGCCGUCUUCAAGCCAAUUUCGAUUUAAAAAGGGAGUACUCAGAUUUCCUACAAGAGUAUGAAAAUCUCGAGCACAUGCGCAAGGCUCCAGCAUCUUCAGAAUCUUCUAUUCGUCUAUAUUCCGCACCAUCCCGUAAUACGCGAAAGCAGUGCGACGACUCGAGUAAGAGUCGUAUUCAAUGCGUCGAGCCCCACCUCGAAUUCUCGGUCACUUAA